CACACCUUUCGCCUCUUGGACGCGUCUUAUUUUCUAUCUACUUCACAUCUCCUUCCUCAACUUUUCGUCUCAACAAAUAGCAGGGCAAUGUCGGCCGAUAUUCGCAACUUCUUUACUCCUAAGGGCGGGCAACCGGUCGCUGGAAAAUCGAAACCGGCCCCGACCCCUACUCCUGCUUCUAGGAGAGCCUCGGCGAGAAAACGCAGAGUUGUUGAAGACUCCGACGAUGAAGAGAAGCCGGCUAAGAAGAUAACCAAGAAACCAACUCCGAGAAAGAACACCAAGGAAAAUAGGGCUGAGCCUACAACCACUUCAACUUAUUUUGCGAGUACUGGGAAAAAUAAAAUAUUACGUACAUCUCCGCUUAAACCGAAAAAACCUGCACCUGAAGAAGAGUACUUUCCAAACGAUGACGAAUUCGACGAAGGGAUUUACGCAGAGGAGUUCAAGAAGUUGGAGGAUGAUUAUAAGGAAGAUGAGGGCGAAGAUACUAAGGCUAGUUUCGCCGUUGUUGUGGAGAAGAAUGGACCGGCAAAAUCUAAAGCGAACACUUCCCCUCCUGCCAAGAAGCAGAAGUUCUCAUUACCAAAGGGUAAAGGUGUGGACGUAGAUAGCUUUGUCGUGGAUGACGAAGAGGAGGAAGACGAAUAUGUGAAGCCAAAGAGACGAAGUGCUGCUACAUCCGCAACAAGGAAGCGCAGGGCUGCUCAAUCCCAUUACGAACACGGGGAUGAUGACGACUAUGACGAGAUUGAGCGAGGUGAACCUCCUGCCAAGGCUUCGAAGCCUGCGGCUAAGAAGCCCGCGGCAAAGAAAGCCAAGGCAGUACCGAGAAAAUCUAAAGAAGCACCCCAGGAGAGUGAUAGUGUUCGAAAGAUACUCGAUAGUGUCCCGAUCUUUCGGCCACCUACCCCACCACCCCCGACGGAUGGUGAGCCCAAGAAGUUCAACUAUAGGGAUUUCAAACAACGACAGGGUGCAGUCCCGAUUGCUCCUGGUAGCAAGGAGAUACCUGUUGGCCAGGAAAACUGCCUGACUGGAUUGACUUUUGUUUUCACUGGGAUAUUGGAGAGCCUGGCUAGGGAGGACGGGCAACAGCUGGUAAAAAAAUACGGAGGUAAGAUUACUUCAGCUCCAUCCACAAAAACCUCCUACGUAGUCCUUGGGAGUGAUGCCGGUCCAAAGAAAUUGGCAACCAUACACAAACUUAAAAUUAAGACAAUCAACGAGGAUGGACUUUUCAAGCUUAUUUCAUCUCUUCCCGCCAAUGGCGGUGAUGGACUCGCAGCAAGAGCCAACGAGGCCAAGAAAGCGGCGGAGGAGCAGAAGGUUCGUGAACUGGCAAAGGAAAUGGAUGAUGAAACCAAGAGUAGAGGAAAAGAAGCCAUUGAGAAGGAGGCCACAGAGCUCUGGACAGUCAAGUACGCGCCUUCGCAGUUGACCCAAAUUUGCGGCAAUAAGGGUCAGGUCGAAAAACUCGGGAGAUGGUUAAGAAAUUGGCCAAAGAAUCUUAAGACCGGUUUCAGGAUGAGAGGUGCUGAUGGGAUGGGAGGUGCCAGAGCUGUUAUGAUCCAUGGGCCGCCGGGUAUAGGGAAGACAACGGCUGCUCAUUUGGUGGCGAAGCUUGAAGGAUACGAUAUCGUUGAGUCCAACGCUAGUGAUACUCGUAGUAAGAAGCUCAUGGAGGAAAAACUUCGUGGUGUGCUAGAUAAUAGAUCCUUAUUAGGGUAUUUCGCUGGUGACAAGGAGAAAGUAAAGCACUCCAAGCAGAAGAUGGUCCUCAUCAUGGAUGAGGUGGACGGAAUGUCUGCAGGUGACCGUGGUGGUGUAGGCCAGUUAGCUGCUGUGUGCAAGAAGAGCAAUAUCCCUAUCAUCUGUAUUUGCAACGAACGAAAACUGCCUAAGAUGAGGCCGUUCGAUAUGGUGACCUAUGACCUGCCGUUCAGGCGCCCUGACGCAGCUGCGGUUCGCUCUCGUAUAAUGUCGAUUGCAUAUCGUGAAGGCAUUAAGCUGCCACCUAAUGUCAUUGAUCAACUUGUGGAGGGGACACAUGCAGAUAUUCGUCAAAUAAUCAAUAUGCUGUCUACUUACAGUACUACGCAAUCAAGUAUGACAUUUGAUCAAGGAAAAGACCUGGCGAAAGCUUGGGAGAAACAUGUAGUGUUGAAGCCUUGGGAUAUCGCGCAGAAGUUGCUGGGUAAUGAAAUGUUUGCACCAACGAGCAAGAAAACUCUUAACGACAAGAUUGAGCUUUACUUCAAUGAUCAUGAGUUUUCAUACAUGAUGGUACAGGAGAACUACUUGAAGACCAAUCCAGCAAGAGCAAACAACUAUCAUGGGAAAGAGAGAAAUUUGAAAAUGCUUGAACUGGUUGAAAAUGCUUCAGAGAGCAUUUCCGACGGUGAUCUAGUGGAUGCGCUCAUACAUGGUCCUCAACAGCAAUGGAGUUUGAUGCCCGCUCAUGGAAUGUUUUCUACUGUUAAGCCGGCUUCUUACAUGUAUGGUGGCUUUGGAGGACAACAUUUCUGCUUCACAUCGUGGCUGGGAAACAACUCGAAACAAGGCAAGUUGAGUCGAUUUGUCAAGGAGAUUCAAUCGCAUAUCCGUCUCCGUGCAUCUGCUUCACCGCGCACCAACCUAUCCAUGCUUGCCAAACGGCUUGAGCGCGAAGGCAAAGAUGCAAUCCCGGAGGUUAUCGAUACUAUGGAUGACUACUUCCUGACAAAGGAUGACUGGGAUGCAAUUGUUGAGCUCAUUGUUGGACCGGCGAGCGCGCUUGACAUCCCAACUCUAACUAAGAGCUCAUUUACCAGACAAUACAAUUCAAUGUCUCACCGCAUGCCUUUCAUGAAGUCUUCCAGCGUCGCGGCUCCAAAGGCCGGUAAGCAAGACGCCCCAGAUCUUGAGGACGUCAUCGUGGAGAGCGAGGAUGAAGGCGGCGAUGAGGACAUCAUUAAGAAACAAGUUGAAGAGGAGCAAGACCUCUCGAAGGACAAGUACGUUAAGGCUAAGAAACCUAAGGCCACCCCGAAGGGUAAGGGUAAAGGAAAAGCUGCGUCAAAGAAAAGCCAGAACGAAGGCGAAGAUGAAGAUGAAGAUGAUGAGCCUAAGAGGAAACCGAAGUCUGCAUCAAAGCCGAGAGCGAAGGCUAAGGGGAAAAAGUGACGGCAUGUUUGCAAUAAUCAACCCUUGGAGUUUUCCUUUCUUUCUCGAUUUUCAAUGUGUAUAUUUAGUUUUACGUUUUUUAGCUACAUGAUUACCCAUCUCAGCAUUUUAAAGUUAUCAGUGUGUUGCUGCUUAUUGUGAUUGCUUUUAGUUGGGUGUGUUGGUGAUUUGGAAAGGUAGAGCCGGGGGGGGCUUUUGUCGCUGUUGUGUUGCGGUUGAGUAGGUUGCUUUUGCGGAUAUGGUAUUUGCUCGGUGUGUGGAUUGGGUGGGUUAGUGGGUGCAGAAUAGAUUCACAGAAUAAAUGGGACGCUU